UUCUCGAAUCUGAGUCGAAAGGAGUGCAAUCCCGUGAAGUCGGUCGUUAGAGGGCUGGGGUUUCGUUGCGCGAUAGGCGACGGCCCGAGGCAUCGGCGACAAAGACAAGCAGAUUCGAGCGAACGCGCAAAAAUUUCAAGUAAGGAGGAGCAGUGGACAACGGAGAAGCACGCGGAGACACACCAAAGGUUCGUGGGGGCUUGCAAAAACUGCGAGCCAACCCGCGGAGCACCGACACCGCGACGACACGUGGCACGAGGUCUACCGGAGGCAACGAGCACCGCGACGACACGUGGCACGAGGUCUACCAGAGGCAACGAGCACCGCGACGACACGUGGCACGAGGUCUACCGGAGGCAACGAGCACCGCGACGACACGUGGCACGAGGUCUACCAGAGGCAACGAGCACCGCGACGACACGUGGCACGAGGUCUACCAGAGGGAAGGAGCAUCAAGACACAAGAAGUCACCUACCGAGGCCGCACGAGGACGGCCACACGCAGCGAGCGACAACAAGAGAUAAGUACCUACCAUCAGUUUUUUGAGCUAGGCAAUUCUCUUCCCGCUAAUUACGAAUUCAAGAUACCUACAGACCUACCUACCGUAUAUAAUUUUUUCGAUUGCUAAUUUUCUAAAUUAAAAUGGCAAAUUCAGAUAAAUUAGUUCUAGAAAACUUAGAGUUAAAGGAUUUAAUUAAGAAGCGCGGCGUCAUAAAGGGUAAAUUAACCAGUUUUAAGAAGUAUGUAUCUGGUCUUACAGAAGAAUUAAGUGCCGAACAAUUAUUAGAAUUAGAUCUUAGGAUAACUAGAAUGUCACUAGUAUUUGAAGAAUUCGAGAUUGUACAAACUAGAAUAGAAACAUUGGCCACAGACGUAGACAACCAAAUCUCAGAAAGGGAAUUAUUUGAAGACGGUUAUUUUAAGAACGUAGCUCUAGGUAAAUCCAUACAAAAUGUAAAUGGUUCCGACCAUAACAACACGAUCCUGAACCCGUCCAACAAUGAAAGUUCUUCGCCGUUAACCGAGGGUAGUCAGUCGAUUAAAUUUCCAGAAAUUUCAUUGCCGUCGUUUAACGGUGAUAAAACACAUUGGGUCGAGUUCAGAGACAGCUUCGACGCUCUUAUUAACCAAUCGAACUUAAAGUCAAUUCAAAAAUUUAAGUACCUAAAGAGUUGUUUGACUGACAGCGCACUUGAAGUCGUUAGUUCCCUCGAAUAUUCCGAAGAAAGUUUUUUGAUAGGUUGGCAAUUAUUAUGCGAAAGGUACAACAACCCGAAAUCAUUAAUCAAUAAUCAUUUGAAAGAAUUAUUUAACAUCGAUUAUGUCCCCACAACUGCCGCAGCUUUAAGAAAAUUAUCCGAUAACAUUUCUAAAAACCUUAGAAUAAUAAGAUCACUGAAUAUUCCAACCGAUAACUGGGAUAUGUUAGUGAUAUUUUUUCUAAACCAAAAACUCGAUAAAAAAUUGCAAAGUAAAUGGGACAAAGUAGCCAACCGGAUCUCUAGAAUUGACUCUGGUGAAUUGCCUACAUUACAGGAUUUCCGGACCUUUCUGAAGGACCAAGCGGACCAUCUGGAGUCGCUGGACCCUGGCAAGCCUCAUGGACCCAGUGACGCCCAAAUUAUACCCGCGAGGAAGGCCUUCGUAACUACGUCUUCCCACACCGGCACCGCAAGUCCCACGAGUUCAAGGGUCUAGAAACUCAGCUCUUCCUGUCUGCGCUGCGAAGGUUUACGUCCAGGCGAGGUAUACCAAAAACAAUAGUGAGUGAUAAUUCCACUACCUUUCAUGGGGCCAAUAACGAAUUAUGUGCAAUUUAUAAAUUUAUCGACGAAUGUUCGAGCGAAAUAAUAGCUUCUUGUGCAAAUGAGGGAAUAAAUUGGAAAUUUAUACCUGUCUACACUCCACACAUGGGGGGUUUGUACGAGGCGGCCGUUAAAAGCUGUAAAUUUCAUCUUAAACGAGUUCUAGGCCAAGCCCUAUUAACCUACGAAGAAUUUAGUACUAUACUUACCCAGGUGGAAGGUAUCUUGAACUCUCGUCCGCUCUGCCCUUUACCAAAUUCGGAUACAGACGAGAUAUCAGUUUUAACGCCAGCUCAUUUCCUGAUUGGUAGGACACUUAUCUCAUUGCCCGACUACGAAUAUGAAAAUGUACCUACAAACCGCUUAUCUCACUACCAACAGCUGCAGCAGAUCCAAUGCGACUUCUGGAGAAGAUGGUCAAGAGACUACAUAGGACUGCUUCAAGAACGCACGAAAUGGAGAAGCUGCAAGGGUGCCGGACUCGACGUGGGUACCAUUGUGCUGAUCAAAGAUGACCGACUGCCGCCCUGCCAGUGGAGGCUGGGACGCAUCGUCGGCUGCUGCCCGGGUCGCGACGGCAUCACGCGGGUCGCAGAGAUGCGCACGGCGCGUGGAAUAAUCAAGAGAGCAUUCAACAAUAUCUGUCCAUUACCGAUUACAUGUUAAAAUGCCUUUUAUUGUAACAAUCAAAUAACUUAUAACUAGUUAAAUCUCAUUUAAUACCCGUAUAGUUCAGUUUUAACAAUUUUGGUCUAUUAGUUACCGAUAAUAUGAUAGGUUGUGGAAUAUUUUAGCUUACACAUUAAAUAAAGGUUAGGCUUCAAUAUUGUAAAUAGUUCGUAGUCGUUAGGAUUUAGAUUCGAAAUUUAAAUAUUAAAAAUACAAAUAAGUAACUACUUAAUAUAAAUCUGUUAUAUUAGUACCAUCUAACUAUUGAAUUAAACGUGCUAAUAACAUGAGUUUCAUUUCCUUAGAUAGGUAGGUAAUAACAGAUAAAUAAAUUAUUAUUUGGGCAUAAGCGCCAUUCGAAAACUACUUAAUUAAAUCUGUUAUAUUAGUACCAUCUAACUAUUGAAUUAAACGUGCUAAUAACAUGAGUUUCAUUUCCUUAGAUAGGUAGGUAAUAACAGAUAAAUAAAUUAUUAUUUGGGCAUAAGCGCCAUUCGAAACCAAAUACCUAACUAGUUUCUAAUUAGAAUCUUGGGGCGCAGCAUGUUAACUGUGUUAACAAUAUAUUAGCGCCAUCUAUAAAUUAGAAGGUUUAACUACUUAGUUUCCUAUGUAAACACAGCGUUAUCUCGCAGGCUACUUGCAUAGAUCGAUUAUUAAGCAUUACUACACUAUUAAGUUCCUAUACAUCCUGCUAGAUGGCGCAGUGUCGGAGGUGGUGGUAACAUAUAAGCCGCUACAGGCGGAGUCUCGGCCUCUUUCCACGGGACCUCGCUGUACAAGCAACAAUAAACUAGUAUCCAGUAUUACCAA